AUGGCCCGAAUCAUCAUCACCGGCGGCUCCGGCAAAGUCGGCCAAGCCGUCAUCAAGCGCCUCCUCACCCGCAACCACACCCUCCUAAACCUCGACAUCGCGCCUCUCCCGCCCUCGUUCUCCCAACGCGUGCACACCCUCCGCAUCGACCUCACAGACGCCGGACAAGUCUACUCCGCCCUGACAUCGCGCUUCACACCCUCCUGCCCCUUCGACCCCGCGAAAGAACCGCUAACCGAACGCCCCGACGCCGUCAUCCACCUCGCCGGACACCCGCGCAACAUGAUCGUGCCGGACGUCGAGACCUACCGCGUGAACACAGUGGCAAGCUACAAUGUCCUCGAAGCCUCCUGUCGACUAGGUAUAAAGAAGAUUCUGAUCGCGAGCACGGUCUGCGUCUACGGACAGCCGUAUGGGGAGGGCGAUGUGCCGUUCCCUUCGUUUCCGGUUGACGAGGAGGUUGACACAAACCCGAUGGAUACGUAUGCAAUUUCGAAAGUGUGCGUUGAGAAGACGGCGAGGGGUCUUGCGAGGCGGUAUAACCACCUCCGACAUGCAGUGGACAUCUACGUUUUUCGUCUUGCGGCUGUGAUUGGUGAGGGUGAAUACGAGGAGUGCUUUCUGGAUUGGAUUGCCGAUCCGGCGAAGAUGAAGGCUGUUGGGUGGAGUUAUACGGACGCGAGGGAUUUCGGGGAGAUGUGUCAUCUUGCGAUUGAGAAGGACGGGCUUGGGUAUCAGGUGUUCAAUGCGACGAAUGAUGAGAUUACGGCUCGCCUUUCAGACGAUGAGACUGCCGAAGCAUUCUUGAGGAAAAACGCGCCCGGGGUGCAGUUUACGAGGGAGAUGGAGCGCAGGGAGGCACCGUUGACGAAUCGGAAGGUCAAGGACUUGUUGGGGUUCAGGGAGGAGCAUCCAUGGUCGAAGUAUUUCAACUAUGAUUCAGUAUAG